AUUCUCAAAGUUUUAAAUGGACCAGUAGAAAGUUGGAGGCACUCCACUUAACUGUUUGGUAGGGCAGGAUAGAGACGAUGAUGAUGGAUUACCAAGAAAAAGGGCCUAAAGUGGAUGUAUCUUAUGGAGAAAGGCGUGUCGGUGGAUUCAUGGCAACUGAGACCAUCCCGACAGCUGGUGAUCACCGGAAGUGGCUGACUCAUAAUUCACCAUCUCUCAGGAUUCAGAAUGAACCUGACCAUAUCUUUAAAUUCAACAUCUAAGCUCCAAACCAAUUGGAGUUUUCCCUACCACAGCAUCCUGACCUGCAGGAAUACUACCGACAUUACUAUGUUUCUCGUCACGUUAUAUAGCAUGGAAACUAUUCUAGGCAUUCUAGGAAAUCUGUGCUUGAUUGUUAUCUUAACCAAACAUCAGGACAAAGCCAUCGUGACAAAUAUAUUUAUUGCCAGCUUAAUAGCGUCAGACCUGAUCAUGUGCAUCUUCUGCCUACCGUUCACCAUUGCCACCGUCUUGUUGAAGUACUGGCUAUUUGGUGAGGGUAUGUGCCGAAUGAUCUCAUUUAUUCAGUGUAUGUCUGUGACGGUGUCCAUUUUGUCACUUGUUCUUAUUGCUUUAGAAAGGCACCAGCUCAUUAUUAACCCAACAGGCUGGAGGCCCAGCAUCUCCCAAGCCUAUCUGGGCGUUGCUGCUGUCUGGAUCUUUUCUGCUAUCUUGUCCCUGCCUUUUGUAACUAUCUCUAUCUUGAAUAAUGUUGACCUGGCACAGUUCCACAUAAUGGAUUCCUAUUCAACCAAGGCCAUGUGUAUGUAUUCAUGGCCUUCGGAGAAAUAUCAGUUCAUUUAUUUCACUGUGUUACUGCUGCUACAGUACUGCAUUCCCCUUAUCUUUAUUGUUGUGUGUUACCUACAUAUUUACCUCCAGCUCCAGAAGAGGGAAGGUAUGUUUAAGAAUCACGACUUCAGUUGCCGAAGGGUUCAACUGAAGCGAAUCAACAUCCUGCUGGCUUGCAUGGUUGUUGCCUUUGCAGUCUGCUGGUUGCCACUGCAUGUUUUUAACAGCAUUGCUGACUGGAACUACAAAAUCAUUCCUAAUUGUCUCCAUGAUUUGAUCUUCUCAUUAUGUCAUCUUGUAGCUAUGGCAUCUGCUUGCAUUAACCCUAUCAUCUAUGGCUUUCUAAAUAAGAAUUUCAAAAAAGAAGUGAAGGAUCUGAUUCUGAAUUGCCAGCGCCGUUCUUCCCUGCAAGACUAUGAGAAUGUGCCUCUCUCCACCUUGCAGACCGACAUCUCCAAGGGCUUUGCACGGAUGAACUGUCCACAGAGUCUCUCUUGUGCUGUGACAACAGACUUGAAAUCCUGAGACGCAGAUUACAACACUAUAUACCCCUGUGUGAAAAUCCCACUGAAUACUGUAGAACUGGGUUGUUGUAAGUUUUUUGAGUUGUCUGGCCAUGUUCCAGUAGCAUUCUCCCCUGACAUUUCAUCUGCAUCGAUAGCAGGCAUCUCAGAGGUUGUGAGCUCUGAUAUAUAAAUCGGAUUUGUAUAUCUGUGGACUGUCCAGGAUGGGAGAAAGAGGUAGAUGUGAAUGUUUCAAUUGGCCACCUUGAUUAGCAUUUAAUGGCCUGGCAGUUUUCAAGGUGUGACUUCUUACUGCCUGGGGGAAUCCAUUGUUGAGAAGUGAUUAGCUGUCCCUGAUUGUUUCUUGUCUGGAGUUCCCCUGUUUUUGAAUGUUGUUCUUUAUUUACUGUAGAACUGGUUUCCCAGUAAUUUAUUAGUAAUGAUGGAUAGGAUUGUGCUGUUUGGAUUUUACAUGUGAAACUUAAA